CCGGUGCUCGCGACCACAGCCCCGCCGACUCAUUACGGACUCAACUCGUGACGGACGGCGCCUGUUUUGCACGGCGGACCUUGACAGAGUCUUUCACCCCGUCUGCCAUCCUCGACAUCUUUUCCUGAAAGAAGUAUUGAUGGAGGCAUCUGGCGCGACGAUGGGUCUUCGCCCGCUUCCCUUCUUCCAUAUGCCCUUUGGAAUCUCUGGCCCGGCACCAGCGGAUCUCGCACCAGCACCCCGCCCACGCGUUUUGCGGCGCUCGCGCGCUCGGAUUCCGCAGACCUUUGCACUCUCCCGUGAUAAUCUCUUGAAUUCCAGCUCCCGUUCUGCAAGCAGCUUCAGCACCGCAUAUCGUCCCGCAGAAAAUGUCUCGACGCCAACUCUGCUCCACACUCCCGCUUCCCCGCCAGCAAACGUCGACGCCAUGGACGUCGACCAGGAUAUACCCCAUUCAUUCCCCUCUCACCCGCUCUCCUCGCCCUUUCCCGCUAGCACCCUCCUCUCGCCCACCUCCAGCCCCCUCCUCGACGACCUCGACGAGUUCAGCGGGCUCGCACAGCUCGAUAUCCCGGCGCCCAUGAUAAGCACGGAUAAUGCCUAUCAGACCCACUCGCAGCGACACGCGCCACCGACUCAGGCGGAUGUCGCGAUCCAGCCGCACGCGCACGAUCAUCUGGAGCCUACGCCCCUCGCCGCGUCGCGCAAGUGCGCCAGCAACCGGAACUCGCUGAGCAGGCCAUCAGGCGAUGCUCAUGCGGCGCGCGGGAGCGGACGCUGGGAGGGGAUUUUGGGCUCGGAUGGUGGUAGUGGGGAGCUGCUAGGCGCGGGGGCGUGGAGUGGGGCUGCACCAGCGACUGCGGCUUCAUUGCUCGGGAAGGGCGCUAGAAAGCGGUCGAGCGAGGAUAUCUCGGGUGCGACGUUCGGGGGCUUGGAGCUGACGCGGCGGAGGAGGAUUGGCUGAGGGGUUUUAGAGGUGCGUCGCGGAGGGCGGGCACUGCUGCACGAUGGUUAUACACGGUUGACAUCCCGUUCCACCGCCAGGGUGGCAUAUACAUAUCGCAAGGUCGUAUACUUUUUCUCCUUCCUCCUUCAACUUCAUGUUGUACUGGGUUUAGUGUAUUGGACGCUCGGCCGAACUUAAUGGUAGUUUACACAUCUGUAUAAUAGAUUUUGCAAGGAUAUGCGGAGUUGCACAGGAGGCGAGGGUGG